UUUCGCGCUAACCAAGUAGCGCGAGUCAAACCCCACACCGCGAUUGUGCCUCACGCUCCAAAUCCUCGCGUCGGUGACAGACACACUCUCUCUCUUGAAGAAAACACGAAGAAGAAGAAGAAGAAGAAGAAGAAGAAGAAGAAGCUGCUGAAGAAGCAUGAAGGAAUCGGAUCCUAUCACCGAUUGCGUUCACCUUCUAACUUCCCUCCUCGACGAAGAAAUCCCCACCGUCCAAAACCUCAAAACCAAGUGGUCACUCGUCCGAGUCAAACUCACCAACCUCCAAACCCACCUCACCGAUUUCUCCGCCGAGUUUCCCUCCUCCUCCGCCACCAACCCACUCUCUCUCGACCUCUUCCACUCCCUCUCCGCCACUCUCCACUCCGCCGUCUCCCUCGCGCAACAGUGCCACUCCCCCACCCACCUCCCUCGCGGCAAGCUCCAAACCCAAAGCGACCUCGACUCCCUCCUCGCCACCCUCGACCGCCACCUCUCCCACUGCGACAUACUACUCCGUAGUGGACUCCUCCUCGACGCCCCCGCUACCUCCAAGCGCGACGCCGUCCGAUCCGCCUCCAGAAACCUCAUCACCAGACUCCAAAUCGGUGAGCCUGAGUCCCGCGCCGCCGCCAUGGACUCUCUGCUUGCUCUCCUCCACCAGGAUGAUAAGAACGUCACCAUCGCCGUCGCGCAAGGGCUGGUUCCGGUGCUCAUCCGCCUUCUUGACUCCUCCUGCCCUGAAAUGAAGGAGAAAACCGUCGCCGCCAUCUCUAGGGUUUCCACCGUCGAUAGCGGCAAGAACGUGCUGCUUGCAGAAGGGUUGCUACUGCUAAACCACCUCCUUCGAAUUCUGGACUCUGGUAGCGGGUUUGCGAUAGAGAAAGCUUGCAUAGCGCUUCAAGCGUUGAGUUUCACCAAAGACAACGCCAGAGCAAUUGGGUGCAGAGGUGGAAUCUCGUCGCUGUUGGGGAUCUGCCAGGCUGGAACCCCUGGCUCGCAAGCUUCUGCGGCGGCGGUUUUGAGGAAUCUGGUGAAGUUCACCGAGAUCAGGCAGAAUUUCGCGGAGGAGAAUGGGGUGGGUGUUCUGUUGGCGGUGGCUUCUUCUGGCACUGUGGUGGCUCAGGAGAAUGCGAUUGGGUGUUUGGCGAAUUUGAUCUCGGAGGAUGAAGGCUUGAGGCUGACGGUGGUUAAGGAAGGUGGGGUGGGUUGUUUGAAGAAUUUCUGGGAUUCAGGUCCACCGGUUCAGAGUCUCGAGGUUGCGGUUGAGGCUUUGAGGCACUUGGGUUCGAGUGCCCCCAUUGCUGAGGUUCUUGUUGCGGAAGGGUUUGUGGGGAGGGUGAUGGGGUUGCUGAGUUGUGAUGUUCUCGCGGUGAGGAUUGCGGCGGCUAGAGCUGUUCAUGCUUUGGGGUUAAGCAGCGGGAAGACGAGGAAGGAAAUGGGAGAAUGUGGGUGUGUUCCUGGUUUAAUCAAAAUGCUUGAUGGGAAAGGUGUGGAAGAGAAAGAAGCUGCUGCAAUGGCAUUGUCGGUUCUGCUAAUUCACCCGGGGAACAGAAGGGUGUUUCGUAAGGAUGAAACAGGGAUAGUGAGUGCGGUACAUCUCUUGAACCCGUCGUUGCAGAAUCUGGAUAAGAAGUACCCUGUUUCGCUGCUACUCUCGCUCGUGCACUCCAAGAGUUGCAGGAAGCAAAUGGUUGCAGCGGGGGCUUGUGUACAUAUGCAGAAGCUUGUGGAAAUGGAUGUCCCCGGGUCCAAGAAACUCUUGGAAAGCCUUGGUCGUGGUAAGAUUUGGGGUGUUUUUGCUAGACCCUAGAGAUGGAUCAACAUGAACAUGAACAUGGAUAGAAUAAAUCAUGGUACAGGAACAAACAAGCAAUGGUUAUUCAUUGAUCUGUAUGUACGAUAGGCAGGCGUGUUCAGGUUUUUCCCUUCUUUCUUUUCCCCUUUCUUGUAAUUAUUAAUAAUUGAUAUUUAUUUCUAAUGUAUGUAGAAGUAAGUUUUGUUAAAUGAUUUUUGUGGGAACUUGAUUUUGUUUAGGAGGAUGAUAAAGUACAUGAUUUUGCAGUGUAUUGGUAGAGAGUAUGACCAGUCACAUAACUCAGUUGGUUUGCAUGUGUAGAGGUAGUUCAGAAUUAAUUGCUAAAAUGCUUCCUUGCAUAUGA